UUAAAAUUUUUUUUUUUCCGGUGCGUUAAUUAUUUUAGUCCCUCUCCCCUUUCGAUGUGCGGCUUUGGACAUGCGGAGGCUACUGCAACCGUGUUGGUGGAUCUUUUUCUUGAAAAUCACCAGCUCCGUGCUCCAUGACGUGGUGUGCUUCCCCGCUCUGACCGAAGGUUAUGUUGGCUCUCUGCAUGAAAACAGACAUGGGAGUUCUGUGCAGAUACGGAGGCGAAAGGCUUCAGGGGAUCCUUACUGGGCAUACUCGGGUGCCUAUGGUCCCGAGCACUGGGUUACUUCCAGCGAGAAGUGCAGAGGGUCUCAGCAGUCUCCCAUAGACAUCGUAGACCAUCAGGCCCAUGUUGGAGAUGAGUAUCAAGAACUGCAGCUUGAUGGGUUUGACAAUGAAUCUUCAAACAAGACUUGGAUGAAAAACACAGGAAAAACGGUUGCUAUCCUGCUAAAGGACGAUUACUUUGUCAGCGGUGCCGGAUUGCCGGGCAGAUUCAAGGCAGAGAAAGUGGAGUUUCACUGGGGUCAAAGCAACGGAUCAGCUGGCUCUGAGCACAGCAUCAAUGGCAAGAGGUUCCCCGUUGAGAUGCAGAUUUACUUCUACAAUCCUGAUGACUUUGACAGUUUUGGAACAGCAGUUCUAGAAAACAGGGAAGUAGGAGCCAUGGCUGUGUUUUUUCAAGUCAGUCAGAGGGACAAUCCCGCACUGGAUCCCAUUAUCCAUGGGUUGAAGGGCGUCGUACAUCAUGAGAAGGAGACCUUUCUGGAUCCCUUUGUGCUGAGGGACCUGCUGCCGACGUCGCUGGGGAGUUACUACCGCUACACAGGUUCUCUGACUACUCCUCCAUGUAGCGAGAUCGUGGAGUGGAUCGUUUUUCGGAAGCCUGUUCCCAUUUCUUACCAUCAGCUGGAGGCAUUCUACUCCAUAUUCACCACUGAACAGCAAGACCACGUCAAGUCUGUGGAAUACCUGAGGAAUAACUUCCGACCACAGCAAAGCCUGAACAACAGGAAGGUGUCUAAGUCUGCUGUGAAGGAUGCUUGGAACCAAGAUAUGACAGACAUCUUGGACAAUCCGCUUGGCACAGAAGCUUCCAAAGCUUGCAGCACGCCUCCAGUCAACAUGAAAGUGCAGCCUGUGAACAGGACAGCAUUGCUGGUAACCUGGAACCAACCAGAAACCAUCUACCAUCCUCCGAUCAUGAACUACAUGAUCUCCUAUAGCUGGACUAAAAAUGAAGAUGAAAAGGAGAAGACGUUCACCAAGGACAGUGACAAGGACCUGAAGGCCAUCAUUAGCCAUGUCUCACCUGACAUCCUUUAUCUGUUCAGAGUUCAAGCAGUUUGCCGAAAUGAAAUGCGUAGUGACUUUAGCCAGACUAUGCUCUUUCAAGCUAACACCACUCGGAUUUUCGAGGGCACCAGGAUUGUGAAGACGGGCGCGCCCACAGCCUCUCCUGCCUCCUCCGCUGACAUGGCUCCCAUCAGCUCCGGCUCUUCCACCUGGACCUCCUCAGGGCUCCCCUUCUCCUUCGUGUCCAUGGCCACAGGGAUGGGGCCGUCCUCCAGCGGCAGCCAGGCCACCGUGGCCUCGGUGGUGACCAGCACCUUAUUGGCAGGGCUGGGCUUCAGCGGCAGCGGCAUCUCCUCCUUCCCCAGCAGCGUGUGGCCAACCCGGCUCCCUGCGGCGGCCGCUCCCAGCAAGCAGGCAGGACGGCCGGUGGUGGCGGCCACCGAAGCUGCCACCACCUCCCCAGGGCCAGAGCGGGACUCGGCACUGACGAAGGACAGCGAGGGAGCUGAGGAGGGGGAGAAGGAUGAGAAGAGUGAAAGUGAGGAUGGGGAGCGGGAGCACGAGGAAGAAGAAGAAAAGGAUGCUGAGAAGAAGGAGAAAAACAGGGCGGCAGCAGCCGCGGAGUCACACAAUAGGACGGAGUCCAGCGUGGCCACGGCUUCCCCCAACAGGACUGCUGAGGAGGAAAGAAAUAAAACUAUAUCGGGUGAAGAGCCAAACCAAAACGUUGCCCCCACGGCUGGAGGUUCUGAGGAGGAGAGCUUUGCCAAAGCGGACACUCAGCCCCAGCCACUCCCUUCCACCCAAGUGCCGCCAGCGUUCACCGACGAACUUUACCUGGGAAAGAUCCCAAGACGACCAGAGACAACACGAAAACCUCCUCCAAAGGAGGACAGAUUUCCAGAGGAAUACCCCUCAGAUAAUAAAUUCAUCACCAUUAACCCAGCUGACAAGAACAGCUCCAGCAUGGCCACGAGACCUUCUCCUGGUAAAAUGGAAUGGAUCAUCCCACUUAUUGUGGUCUCAGCACUGACCUUCGUGUGCCUCAUUCUUCUCAUUGCUGUGCUUGUCUACUGGAGAAAGUGUUUUCAGACUGCCCAUUUCUAUGUGGAGGACAGCAGUUCCCCCCGUGUGGUCCCCAAUGAAAGCAUUCCCAUUAUACCUAUUCCAGAUGAUAUGGAGGCGAUCCCAGUCAAGCAGUUCAUUAAACACAUCAGUGAGCUGUAUUCUAAUAACCAGCAUGGAUUCUCGGAAGACUUUGAGGAAGUGCAGCGCUGUACGGCCGACAUGAACAUCAGUGCAGAGCAUUCCAACCAUCCCGACAACAAGCACAAGAACAGAUACAUCAACAUCCUGGCCUAUGAUCACAGCAGGGUGAAGCUAAGGCCUUUACCAGGAAAAGAUUCUAAGCACAGUGACUACAUUAAUGCUAAUUAUGUCGAUGGUUACAACAAAGCAAAAGCCUACAUUGCUACCCAGGGACCUUUAAAGUCUACCUUUGAAGAUUUCUGGAGGAUGAUUUGGGAACAAAAUACUGGAAUCAUUGUCAUGAUCACAAACCUUGUUGAAAAAGGAAGAAGAAAAUGCGAUCAGUACUGGCCAACAGAGAACAGUGAGGAGUAUGGUAACAUAAUCGUCACGCUGAAGAGCACAAACAUUCACGCCUGCUAUACUGUGCGCCGCUUCACAGUCAGGAACACAAAGAUGAAAAAGGGUCAGAAAGGAAACCCCAAAGGGCGUCAGAACGAGAGAACGGUUAUUCAGUAUCACUACACUCAGUGGCCCGACAUGGGUGUGCCGGAGUACGCUCUGCCGGUGCUAACCUUUGUUAGGAGAUCCUCCGCAGCAAGAACGCUGGACAUGGGACCAGUGGUGGUGCACUGCAGUGCUGGCGUUGGCAGAACUGGUACCUACAUUGUGAUAGACAGUAUGCUGCAACAGAUAAAAGACAAAAGCACAGUUAAUGUCCUGGGUUUCCUGAAACAUAUCAGGACACAGCGCAACUACCUCGUCCAGACAGAGGAGCAGUACAUUUUUAUUCAUGAUGCCUUGUUGGAAGCCAUCCUUGGGAAGGAGACUGAAGUAUCUGCAAACCAGCUGCAUAGUUAUGUUAACAGCAUCCUCAUACCUGGCAUAGGAGGGAAGACGCGACUAGAAAAACAGUUCAAGCUGGUUACACAGUGUAAUGCAAAAUAUGUGGAAUGCUUCAGUGCUCAGAAGGACUGUAACAAAGAGAAGAACAGGAACUCAUCAGUUGUGCCGUCUGAGCGUGCUAGAGUGGGCCUGGCACCGCUGCCUGGAAUGAAGGGAACAGAUUACAUUAAUGCCUCUUAUAUCAUGGGCUACUACAGGAGUAACGAGUUCAUCAUAACCCAACAUCCGCUGCCACAUACGACUAAAGAUUUCUGGCGAAUGAUCUGGGAUCACAACGCGCAGAUCAUCGUCAUGCUGCCAGACAAUCAGAGCCUGGCAGAAGAUGAGUUUGUGUACUGGCCAAGUCGCGAAGAAUCCAUGAACUGUGAGGCCUUUACUGUGACCCUUAUCAGCAAAGACAGACUGUGCCUCUCUAACGAAGAGCAAAUUAUCAUCCAUGACUUUAUCCUUGAAGCUACCCAGGAUGACUACGUUCUGGAAGUCCGCCACUUUCAGUGUCCUAAAUGGCCAAACCCCGAUGCUCCCAUAAGCAGUACCUUUGAACUUAUCAAUGUAAUCAAGGAAGAGGCCUUAACAAGGGAUGGCCCCACCAUAGUUCAUGAUGAGUAUGGAGCUGUGUCAGCGGGAACGCUAUGUGCCCUUACCACUCUGUCCCAGCAGCUGGAGAAUGAAAAUGCUGUCGAUGUUUUCCAGGUGGCAAAGAUGAUAAAUCUUAUGCGGCCUGGAGUAUUUACAGACAUUGAACAGUACCAGUUUCUUUAUAAGGCAAUGCUAAGCUUGGUCAGCACUAAGGAGAACGGAAAUGGUCCCAUGACACUGGACAAAAAUGGUGCUGUGAUGGCCAGUGACGAAUCUGAUCCCGCAGAAAGCAUGGAGUCUCUUGUCUAAUUGGAAACCUGAAAAGGCACUUAAUUUGUAGAACUUCUGAAGACUGAGUGAACUUUUUUGAGGCCUUUUUUGCCAGACUCUAGGUUAUACAAUAACCCAAUUACUUUUUUACACUGAUAAAAGUUUUGAUAUUUAUUUUUUGCCAUUUUAUGUCUUAAUGGUAUCCUACUGAGCAUUUGCACCUCUGUUUAUUUCACACAGUGAAACACAAUUUUACCUAGUUUGCACUAUAUGAUCAGUGUUACUGCCUAUAAUAUUCUAAUACAAGACAAGCCCUGAUGUGACAUUCCAUGACAACAAGCAUUCGCUUUCUCUGUUUUGUUUAAUGCAGUGAAGUUUUGCUAACUACAGUGACCCUCGAAUCUUAAAUCUUGAAUGCUAGGCCAGAUGGGUUCUUUCUACGACAGAUACUGUACCCCUCCAUACCAUAUUUAUUAUUUUAAUGAUCACGUCACAGCUUUGGUAACGGCAUUCUGCAUUCCAGAGGAGCGGGUGAGCAGUGUUCAUCCUUUCCUGACAAAACAUGGCAGGCGAUUAUUAGCUACAGUGAAGGUGUAGUAGCCUUGUGGAGCCGAAACAAUUAUUUCUGUAUUGUUUCCAAUCGCUGUUUUGUACAUUCACAGGCCUAAGACUUGCUUCACAUGGAAUACAUAAAUCACAUACGAUGUAAAUCUAAAUUAGAUGCAAUUCAUAUGUGGGACACAGUGAUAGGUUUUGAAGUUAUGAUUUCCAAGUUUCCCCAGGUGUUCAGAAAAAUAAUCAUUUUAGUUUUUAACCAGCCCUGUGAUGGGAAAGUAUUUGGAUUUUAUUCUCAUCAGAGCCAGUACAGUGAGAAAUCUACUACAACCCCAAGUCAGACCUGUUUUCAGAUAUAUUGAAGGUAGCAAUAUUUUACAUUACUAAGCUAUUCAAUAUUUUAAACACAUUAAUUUCCUUACUAUUUCUUGAAUAUGACCUCACACCUAAUGGUAUGUUACAUGGUGACAGGCGUUUCUUAAUUUCAUAACUGUUAGAUGCCAUUUUUACAGGUGUGUAAUUUUCAUACUUUAGUGCUAAAACAUAAAGUACUGAUCCAUAUUUACUGGUGAAGCAAACUAAUAAAAAAAACUACCUAUAAAGUUACAUUCUCCCUCUUUUUUUUGCCAGACUAAUUCUUUAGCACAAACCUAGCUUCUUGUGUUUUCCUUCCCACACCAAUAAAAUGUUUUCCCCCAGAUUAUAGAAAUAAUUGAAUUACUAUUUGGAGCAUUUAAGUUUACAUCCUCACUGGCUCCCUUCUCCUCUGUAUUUGGUCACAAAUCAACAAGGUCCAUCUGUAUUUAACAGAAGAAGUAAGCACAUACUUAAUUCUCCUGAAAAUUAAAGCUCCUUCGUAGCUCGGCUGAGUAGGGAGAGGUCAUUGAAUCUGCCUUGAAAAGGAAAUAUGGCAUUGCAACCAUCCUGACGUUCAGUAUCCAGUUAAAGGCACUAUCCCGUUUAUACGGCAUUUUUUUCUUUAUUUUUAAAUUUCUGCUGCACUGUAUUUUUUUUCAGGACUUGUCAAAAUGUUACAGCAUACUUUUCAUUUAACUGUAAACCUAUUCAGUUCUGCCAGUCGGAUCUUGCUGAAAUUGAGACAUCUGGCAAGGCAAAACCCACUUCUUUUGUUGCAGGGAAGGGCAGGGAGGAAGGUUAGCGAAGAGGAAAGGUCUGUGUACUUUCACACGCAGGGAAGCCAAAAGCAGCUGCUUAGAAGGAUACUGAGAGUAGGCAUUUCGGUGCAGAACCUCCUGAGGUAUGAAGCUGAGACGGCCUCGCUGAGAGCAGAGGAGCCGUGCAGACUGGUAUGUGCUAACAGUGGCCUUUUAUUUGUAGUAUGGGGAAGAUAGAUGUGGAUGCGCUUAAUUCCAGCACCAAAUUAUUUAAGGAUUCAUCAGCAACCUUUUCCAUAGUUACUUUUUCCUUCUCAAUUUGUUGAUUCCCUCUGUACAAGUGAUCCAAACAACUGGUGAUGCUGACAGCGUAACAUGUCCGUGGUUUUAGUGAGGAAAUCCCGUGUCCAGCCCCAGCUAGUCCGAAAAAUGUGCAACGUACUUCAAAAGAUGUUUCGUAGUUUGCAUCCCCUUCGCACUGGGACAAGCCAGCGCCGGGGAAGGAAUCAGUUAACUCUGGUAGGAGUUAAGACCGGCUCUCCAGUUGCUAUAACUCCAUAAUGAGGAUUGUUUAAGCAAGGAUUCGAGUCCUCCCGCCUGCGAGGGCUGGCAGGUUUUGCUGAGUGGUCCGCUGGCCAGUGUGCACCCACGAGAGAGGCUGUGGAGCUCCCAUGCCCCUAGAGCUUAUCCUGGCCCCAGGCAACUGCCGCUGGUAGCGUAAAGGGACUCUGGUGAGUUGGAUCAGUUCAAUCUGAAGUAUUUCAGUUCCUGAGAGGUGUAGGGAGAAGUUACGAAUUCAAAGCCUGACAAGAGCUAAGUGACACAAAGAUUACUGCAGGCAUCAAGAGGGCUGGAUUUGUUCAGUACUUUCGGCUGAUUACUUUUCAUUUCAGUGGCAUGAUGGAAGAUAACUGUGGUUCGUGACACACUGCCUGAAUACCCUUGGUUUAAUCCCUUCCCUUCUCACAAGUUUCAAAAUUCUCUGAAAGAAAGCUGUGGGGGUUGAACUUCUUCAGGUGCUUUGGAAAUCCAUGCAUUUGCAUUGGCAUUUUCACACACCUGAAAUACUUUUGGGGUUUAAUCCAUGGGGAAAUAAUUUACGCUGGUGUUCUUUGAGUUCUCCACAGAUUUUUUUCUUGGCGGGGGCGGGGGGGGCUCAAGCUGUGGGUUAAGUGCUAUGCUGACAGUCGGAGAGCCAGAAGAUGGUAGUGAUGCGUUAGGCUUGGAGUGGAUGAAGCUAGGAAUUAUUUGUGAAGGUCAGGAUUAAGAGUCCCUAGGAGCCAAGUCUGUCCUGUAAGCAACUGCAGUUCUGCUCUCUCACAUGGAUUUGCAUCUCUUUCCCUGGGACUGAGCGAGACUGGCAGAAGGCGUGUGUGUGUGUCUCUGUGUGUGUGUGUGUGUGUGUGUGUACAGAGAUUUACAACCGUAGAGCUCCUCUGAGAUGCUCUCGUGUGUCUCUCUGACCAAAGUCCCACUCUGAGCUCCCCUCACCUUAACCAGCUUUCGGCAUUUGGUUGGGAUGUCUUUCAAGCAUCAGAAGUUGCCAGAUAACGUGCAAGCCCGCAAAUUAAAAGAACCCAAGUAUAUCCCAUCACUAUAAAAUGUGGUCCUUAGCAGCAGCCCUGAGAAAUAAGGACAUAAAGGACUGAAGCACACAUGCCUAUUUGUAUCUACAUUUAGAGAAUGUUAUUUUUCUGUGUCUUGCAUGUGCACUGCGCCCACAGACCACGUGAAAGACAUAAAAGAUUCAUGUGUUGAGCCCAUAAAAGCAGCCAAGCUUUCCAAGAGGGAAUGCUUGGGAAGCUGCUGUGUCAUCGUAACAUCUCAAACUGGCGACCGUCUCAGCCAAAUGCCCCUUCCUCCCAACCCUUGCUGGCCGGGACCUUGGCACCGGCAGGCAGGGCUGGAGGAGCCGGCAGGGCUGCUCAGGUGGGCAGGCCAAGAGCCAGGUCUGAAGAACCUUCGCUCUAAACAGCGUUUGUCUUUAGUAUUUCACAGGGUCUGUUUCCAAAUGUGAAUUUAGAAACAGGGAAAAAGAAAAAUCCCAAACCUUUCGACUACUUCUUGUGUGUGACUCUUUCUGUGCUGUGGGUCUUCUCGGUUAGUGCAAUCAUUUACAGGAUCUGCAAGAUUUCAGUUGUUUUUCCAGUUUCUGACUCCUUGAAUUGCUUGAACCCAGAGUGAAAUAGUGGAACAUUAGGAGAAGAGUCUUUAUGACACAGCACAACUGCCUUCUUAAUCUUUUUUUUUUUGUUUGAGCUGAUAUAUUUUAUUUAAAAGCUGAAAAGUAUAGCUAUCGAUUCUACCAAAGAUACACGCUACUAAUUCUCAGCAAAACAAAACCAACUUAAAAAAAAAUUAAAACAUAGUUGUCUUAAAGACUUCACAGUCUCUCUCAAACUCAUGUCUCUUGACAUCACAUCUUGUGUUCUGAUGUUUAUGUUCAAAUGGUGCCAGUGAAUAUUUAUAUGAAGGGAAAAUGCCUAUUUCUUAAUCCACUGCAUUGCUUUGCUGCUUUUUCUUUUCCUUUUUUAACAGAAGUAAUUCAGCUCUUGCUGUUACCCCUUUGCUCUUCUCUCUGUUGCCAUUCUAACAAUGUGAACUGCAUUGGCUUUACUUAUCAAAGGAGAAGGAAUGCAAAAAUAAAGAGAGAAGGAACUGUAAUGAAGAGAUUUGGCCUCUACUUUGUCUUAGCUGUUAAACUGUUUUUAGUGUUUUUGUUAACUCUUUGCAAAGGGAAGCAUUUUCUACAGAGGAUAAUUAAUUUCAAGAAAAAUGUCUUGAGUUUUAAGAAUAAACGUGUCUCCAAAAGAGGAGAUAAUCAAUUUUAUACAAUGUCACAACUCUCCAACAUUUGGGGUAGUGACUCUUUUUGUUUUCUUAGAACAUUUGAAACUAGAAAGCAGCCGUUGUUUGUAAAGACCGAAGCAUUCGUGUGUACUCCUGUUUUCUUUUCCUUCAUUUUUAAAAUAGCAAAGUCAUUAAAACUGUAAAUAUUUUGUUGCUUGAAUAAGCAUCUUCUGGGAACUUUGUAUCUAUGGUAUAUAAUCAUAGAAUUUUAUAUUUUCAUAUAAAGCUAAUUUUUUUCUAGUUUCACCUCCUUCCUAGUUCUGUGGUGGCUAUGUGACUACAAACCUUCUGUGUACCGAGGUAGUGAGACACCGUCAUCCCACUCCACAACAGAUUUCCCCACACGUCAUUUCUUUGGGGCAGUGAUUGUGAAAGUUGAAAUUCUUCUU